AUCUCUGCCAAUCCCCUCGUGUUGACAAAUUUAUUAGUCAUAUUAUAUUUAUCGUUAUAAGCAGACGAUCUAAGACUUACUAAGUCAUAUUAAGCAAAUUAUUCGAGAGAACAGAUAAAAAAGUACAUAAAUUAUUGAUGAGGUUUGCUAUCUUUUCUCAUUACUUUUUAGCUCAUCGGACAUUCAUCUUAAUUAAUUAAUUCGCGACGGCGCCGAAAAGAACGACAUAAAGAGGCCGAAUAGAAAGAGAGAAAACAACGGAGACAGAUUAGAUUUAGAUCGGAGAUUGGUUUCUCACGGCACGACGAAAGCAGAGACGAAUGUAUAGGCAGAAAAAUCUAGGACAGUGAAAAUCAGCUUGUGUAUCUGUAAAAUGAAACGAGAGCACCGCGCGAAUUGAUCGCCAGUUAGCAAAAAAACUCCCGCAAGAUGUGAAUCCAAAGGGUGUAUUCGCCUGCAAUGAACUUGAUUUAAAAGAAGUCCAGGUCUAUGGAUUUGAUUACGAUUACACGCUGGCCUGUUACAAGCCAUCCAUGGAUUAUUUGCUUUACAAUCUGGGACGCGACAUGCUCAUUAAAAAAUAUAAGUACCCAGAGGGAAUUGCCAAUUUGGAAUAUAGAGAAGAUUUCGCCGUCCGCGGCCUCCAUUACGACAUCGAAAAGGGUCUCCUGUUGAAGCUCGACAGCUUCUUGCAAAUUCAAUUGGGCGCCGUUUAUCGUGGUUUGCAUCCUGUACCCGACGACGAAGUCCUCCGAAUCUACAAAAAUAGAAUAAUACCAAUAGCUUACGUGGAAGCUUCAAACAAACACUCUAAUGAUGCUAUACAUCGCGCGAAAAUGGUUCAAUUAGCUGAUUUGUUCUCGGUGCCGGAAAUGGGUUUAUUAUGCAACGUUACGGAGUAUUUUUUACAGAAUCACAUUGAUUAUCAUCCAGAGAUAUUAUUUAGAGAUGUUAAGAAUUCUGUGCAAAGCUGCCAUCCUAUAAUGCAUCAAAUGGUGGUGGAAAAUGUGUCCGAGUAUCUAGAACAAAAUAAAGAUUUGAAGAGAUUUUUUGAUCGACUUCGAAAAGCCGAUAAGAAAAUGUUCUUGGUCACAAACAGCCCUUUUCAUUUUGUUAAUAAGGGUAUGCAAUUUUUGGUCGGUGAAAAUUGGAAAGACUAUUUCGAUGUAGUGAUCGUUCAAGCGAGAAAACCAAGAUUUUUUACCGAAGAAACGCGUCCUUUGAGAAUUUACGAUGAAGUUAAACAAACGCAAUUAUGGGAUCGAGUCACUAAACUUGACAAGGGUGUUAUAUAUCUUGAAGGAACAGUUAAACAACUUCAAGAUAUGACUGGAUGGCGAGGACAUCAAGUGUUAUACUUUGGUGAUCAUCCGUACAGCGAUUUGGCGGAUGUAACUUUAGAACAUGGUUGGCGAACGGGUGCAAUAAUCAAAGAAUUAACGCAUGAAAUCGAAACCUUGAACGAUCCAAAAUUCAAAGAAAACGCUAACUGGCUUCAGAUGUUAACUGGUGUAAUCGAGGAACAUCAAGAUUACGAGGGGCUUGAAGUACAAGAAGAGCUAGACAGGUGGAUAAAAGAACGGGACAAACUAAGAAAUGAAAUCAAAUCUGUCUUCAACAAACAAUUCGGUUCAGUAUUCAGAACAUAUCACAAUCCUACUUAUUUCUCUAGAAGAUUGUUCAGAUUUGCUGACAUCUACAUGAGCACGAUCACAAAUCUCUUAGAAUAUUCCACGAGUCAUACGUUUUAUCCUAGAAGAGGUGUAAUGCCUCAUGAAUAUACUAGUUACUUUAUGUAAAGUGUCGGUAUUUUUAAAAAUAAAUACUUAUUAUUCUUACGCGAGUAAGAGACGCUUUUAGAGCGUACAAUCAAAAUAUUUUGCAUUAAACGUCGAAUCAAUAAUAAUAGUAUUUUCAAUCAUGGAGAAAGACCGAUCUAUUUGAAUCAUAAUAUAGAAAUUUAUUUCGAAACAAUGAGAGAUGCUUGCACAUCAUACAAAUACUUCCGUCUUAUUAAUAGGUAUAUAUAUGCAUAAUUACACACACACAAUGCAAAUCUAUAUCGAUCAACGUUAAUAUGCUUUUACAGUCGCGUAGUUACAACUAAUUUGCAUUGAAAUGUAAUGUAUGUAAACGCGAUAAAACGAGCUAUAUAGAUUACGAAGGCUCUUACAUUAUUAUUAUUAUUACCAUGACAAUAGCCAUAUUAUGUAAAAUGAAGUGAUAUAUCACAUUGUAACGAGUAAAAUGCAUAGAAUAGGAAAUGAAGUAAGAGCUGUAGGCAAGAGAGAGCAGCUACAAGUAAAGUAUUAUUGAAACUCAUCAGAUAUUUUAAGAAUCAAUAACUACUACAGUUUAUUGUUAGUAAAUUAUAUAAGAAGAGAUAACAUAUUUAUCGAGCUUUUGCGCGAUAGAUAUGGUUUUUAAAAAAAAUGCCAAUUUUAUCAUGUUAUUGAUAUUCAAUUAUUUUUGCAAUGAGAUUUAUAUUUAUCGUUAAAGCAUAAUAAAUUUAAUAUUUAACUUGUAUAAUGAAUAUAUUUAUGUACAUAAGCAGAGAGUACAAAUCUUUCGCGCGCGCACGAAACUUAUCCUCCGGGAUUUACAUAAAGUGGAGAGAAUUGAAAUAUAUUAUUAUUAGCCUUCUAUUUAAGUUGCCAUAAAACUUUUUUAUUUUCUUUUGCAUGGAAAUUAAUUUUAAUUUUCAUGAGGAUUAAAACUAAAUUUUCGAUCAAUAUUUGUAAAUAUGCCAAUAAAAGAGGCUAUAUUAUUUGUUAUAUUCUAAAAGAAUGAUUUGUUAUACACUAUACUCAUCAAAUAUAAUUGUUAAGAUAAUCUAACAUGUUCAAACAUUUUAGUCAUUAAUAAAUCAAAAAAACUGCUGAUUCCUAUAAGAAUAUAUACAUGUAUUUAUCUAGUGUAUUUGUAAACUAAAUGUAUUACACUGUUAUCAAAUAUACCUUUAUUUUCAAUAAUAUAA